AUGCAAGCUCUCCGGACCAGAGCGGCUUGCGCAGCCCGGCGCGCGCGGCCCAACCCUACCAUCACGACACCCCGAAUUUCUCGUUCUUACGCAUCCGAAAGCCACAGCCACGGCCAUGACCACCACCACCAUCACGCACCCGAAGCCGCGGAAGGAUUAGGAACGGCGUUCUACGUCUUCGCGGCGGCGAUCCCCGUCAGCUACGUCGCCUACUCGAUCUCGCGGCCGGGCGCGAACGGGGAGGAGUCGAGCCUUACCAAGUGGAUGCGGAACUUCGACUACUUCAACGACUGGGAGCUGCGCAACGCGCUGCGCAGCAACAUGAUCGACCAGGCCGCCCACGACAAGCACCUGCUGCUGCACGCGCGGACGAGCGCCCACGUCGAGCUCAAGAUGCCCGAACUCCUCUACGCCGGCUCGCCCUGGAACGUCCCCGCGGGCCACUACGCGAACAUCGACCACGUGACGGAGCACUACCGGCAGCAGGCAGCCGCGGAGGAGGAGCGCAGGGCCAAGCUCCUGGCCGCGAGAGCCAAGGCCGCGCAGGAGCAGCAGGAGCAACAGAAGCUGUAG